AUGACGAUCAGUGCUUUACCAUCAUUAAGACAACCAGAAUCGAUUCAUCCUGAAUUCUAUUACACUUCUGAUUCAUUCAUCAUCAAAAUCAAACAUGAUAUCAAUCUUUUAAUCUCUACUUUCAAAUCAAGCUCUUCAACAUCAUCAAGUUUAGGUCCAUUCUUAAACUUUAAAUCGAUUUAUAAACACUUGGGUUGGAAUUUAAUUCAUUUAUCAGUCAUUGAUUCUUCUCUUAGAAAAGUUUGGUUUAAUACAAUCAUCAGAUUAUUUUUAGAUUAUUUAAAACCUCAGGUCGAUCCUAUUGAACAAAUCGCUGCUUUAUUUUCAAUUUAUACUUUUUGGGGUACUCAAUCUGCCAUCCUAGACACUAAAUUCAAUGUGAUCAUAGAUCUAAAUAUGUUAAAUUAUAUCAAAUCGAUUCCAAAAGAACUAGGAACCCAUCUAAACGAAUCAUACCAAUCUAUUACCGAUCAACUUUCCACCACAACUACAACUACUCCAAUCCAACCUAUCAAAACAUCUCUUCCUAAAUCCCAUUCUCAUUUAGAUCCAAGUUUAUUCUCAGCUCGAUCCAGUAAACCAAACCGACUCUUACCCAGUCAUUCGCUCUACCAAAUCGUCACAAACCUCAUCCAACAAAACGCUUUCAUCAUCCAACCCAUCGAAACAGCCCUAGUAUACCCAAACUUACCAACAAACUCAUUCGUCUUGGAAUCCACUUUGAACCCAUUAAGUUUAUCACAUCUUCAUAGACCAUCAACUUAUUCAACAAGUUCAAAGGUUUCGUUUUCUGAACAUAUCGUUUCUACUCAGGACGAGUUGGAGAGAUGGAAAGAAUCGAAUUGGACUUUAAGUGAUCUUAGAGAGAUUCGAUCUCAGUAUCUUUUAAAGAAAUCUAAACUCAUUGAGGAUCAUGUUGAAUUUGAUUCGAUCUUCUUGGAAGCUAUUCGGAUGACACUUCAAGUGAUUGAAAAGAAUGGACCAGGCUUAAAUCAUCUUUUGGAAUCUUCGGAUCCGGUUGGAGAAGAACAAGAAGGAGUAGGGAAAGAUCGGGAUGAAGAGGUUAAGAAACAGAUCGCUUUGAAGGCUAUUCGAUUACAAGAUAGUGGUGAAAGUUUAGAAGAAUGGGAUGAAGCAUUGAAUUCGUUGAGAUCUUCUGGGUUUGAUCGAUAUUUAGAUAUCAAAUCUAUGUCUGAUUGUGUUGAAUUGAUUUUCGGAAACUUUUCUAUCAAGUCAAAAAGUAAAAUCAGUUUUGAUUUUAACUUUGGUGAAAGAACUAUCGAUUUGGUGGUGCUUGGAGUUGUAGUGAUUGUGCUUGGAUUCGUUGGAUUCGUUGUGGUGCUUGAAUUUGUUGUGGUGGUUGCACUCGUUGUGGUUGUGUUAGUUGUUGAUGAUGAUGGUGUUGUGGUUGAUGAUGAUUUAAAAGUUAAAAUUAAAAUCAAUUGA